AUGCGCGCGACGAGCGAUGCGACGCGCGCGAGCCUGCGACCGGUGCAGGCGCCGCGCGGGGCGAAGAGGAUCGACAUCGACCCUCUCGGGACGCCGAAAGAAUUACUGAACGACGCGCGCGCGCUGGGAUUCGCGGACCCGACGCUGCCGAGACACAUCGUGACCGUCGCGCUGGUGACGACGCCGGAGUGCGCGAUCGAGCUCAGGACGGCGGCGAGCGAGGUGUUCGUGCAGGAUAAAUUCGGCGCGCUGCGGAUGCUGAAGCCGCGGGCGAAGGCGUUUCUGAAGCGAGGCGAGGUGCUGUUUUUCGCGUGGAGCAAGGCGCGAGGGACGAGGUUCGGGUACGUGUUGGACGUCGGGGACGGCGGAGGCGAGGACGACGGCGCGAAAGGGGCGGGAGGAGGACGCGGAGCGGCGGAGGUGAUCGAUAUCGCGAGCGAGGAGGACGCGAGCGGGACGCCGAGACGGCGGCGAGAAGACGGGGCGAACGAACGAGCGGAGGAGGCGGCGGCGGCGGCGACGAGAAAGACGCGACGUGAGAGUAGCGUGCACGGGAAGACGUCGCCGUCGUCGACGACGACGACGACGACGAGCGAGGGAACGAGGCGAAGCGCGAGGAACGCGAGAAAGGCGAGCGCGCCCGAGGCGAGCGCAAAGGACGAGAACGUCGACGACGAAGACGGCGACGAGGUAGAAGACGAUGUCAUCGAGGUAGAGAAUGACGAUUGGACGCACGCUAAGCGGCGACGCGAAGAGGGGAGCCCGGCGACGGCGUCGUCUUCGCAGGCGGCGAGACAGUCGCGAUCGAACAAGGACUGCCCGAUCAAUUGGGCUCGAGCCCGAGGGUACGGUAAGCCGAACCUUCCUCCGCGCGAAGCGGAGACGUGUCCGCACGACUACGCCGAACCGCCUCGCCGCGAAGAGCCGUCCAUGUGGGGGGGGCAACAGGGACGCGAGGAGGCUCGCCAACAAGCGGAGGCGGCGCGAAUACCGCCGUGUCCACCGGAGGGAUUACCCGACGAUCCUACGGAGUUGCAAAACGCGAGAACUGCGCUGAAACAAGCGCAUAGACAACUCGUCUCCGCGCUGAACACGGAGGUGGCGAUGCGACAAACACUCGCGCAGUGCCAGCUCGAUUUCCAACGCACGAUGCGCGGAGGAGCAGAUUACGCGCUCCGCCAAUGGCACAAAGAUAACUUGCAAAUGGUCGCGGGGAAGUACCAGCAAAGUCAAUUCGCCGCCGCCGCAGCGCGUAGUUCGUAUCAACAUGCGUUGAAACUGUUUCACCGCACAGUGGAACGGUGCGAGGGAUUGCGAACAGGCGCCGACGCCUCAGCGUCGCCGGCGGCGUCGCCGAUGUCGAAGCAGAGACAAAAACCUGAGGAACCGACCGCGAGUGCGGCGACGAAAAGUCGUUUUGAUGCGGAGUGCGAGGCAUGGGACACUUUGCUCAGUGUUGAUCCCACGAAAAUGUCUAUCAAGGACCUGCGAAGGUGCGCGACGGAUGUGGGUAUCGACGUCUCGACACUCGUCGAACGAGAGGAUUACGUCAACGCGCUCACGAAAAAGCGCGACACCGGUCAAGCCGCCUUCAACGAGAAGAAGCGUAAGCGCGAUGAAGAGCGUGCGGCGGUCGAAGCGAAACAAAGAGCAAAGAAGGCGAGCGAAGAGGAGGAUCACGCCAAACGUGCAGCCGUCCAUCAAGUCUCCAUCUGGGCCAUGCACGCGGACCUCCGUCUGUUCCUCUACCGCUGCGGCGUGAGCAUCGACCAACACGGUCGAUCAACCAAGCGUUUGCUCCAAAAGAGCUACCGCCAGGCGAUGUUAAAGUUUCACCCAGACCGCGCGCGACAAAAAUCGAUUCGCGAGCAGGCGUUGGCGAACGAGGUCACCAAGUGGCUCACCCACGCCUGGCAGCAGCUCCCCCCGUGA